AAAUUCCGAAAAUAAACAUUUUAAAAUGAGAAAUUAUUCGAAUUUGAUGAUUGUUUUGAUUCUUAUGAUAAUCUUAGCAAUGACCAGGGCAGCACCAAGUGCCGCCCAGUGCAAAAAAGAGAAGAGGCUCGCCAUCAACGCAUGCAUAAGUGUAUUGUAUGGCAGACCUCCAUCAUCAAGCUGUUGCAAACGAGCUCGGGUUAGCCAUGUUAAGUGCAUAUGUCCCGUGAUCACCCCAAAGUUGGCUGCUCUAAUCAAUGUCAAUCGUUUUGUUAAACUUAUUGAAGGUUGUGGACGCAGGGUCCCUCGUCAUUUCAAAUGUGGAAGUCUUACGAUCCCAUGAAAAGGUGAUAAAUUAAAUUGUUAUCAAAAGAGAUUGUACUAAAUGAUAUAUAUGAAUAUAUGAUCUAUCGUCGACUAAUCGUAUGGAUCUCGAAAGACGAGAGAAGAGCUUCUGAUCGUGUUAAAUGUUUGGUGUAACUUAUGUUAUUUAAUUUCGUUUCAAUUCAAAUAAGAUGGUUAAUUGUUUUAGAAAGCCCCACGUUAAUUGAUGCAAUAACCUACAUGUCUAAGUAAUAAUUUAGAUAAUAAAAAUAAUCAAAUAUUUAAAGUGAUUUUCAAAGAAACUGGCUACUACUUUCAGAUUAUUUGAUUCGGCAAAGAUACACCAUAUGGAUCCUAUCAAGGACAUGAUUCAUGGUGGUCGCUGGUGAGCAUCGUUUGAUCAGACAACUAUUUUUCAACUAAGGUCCCGUUUGAUAGUUCCUGAGAAAGAGCAGACUGGGAAAUAUCUGUCUGGAGUCAAUCAGCUACAAAGGAGUAAGCAAAAGGACAAUCAUAAGGUGAAAUCGAACACAUUGAGCAUUUAGGGCAAGGAGCUUUGAUCGGCUGGAGAAGAAAAGAACAGCAGAAGCAUACCUGAUAGACGAGGAAGGAGCUUCGACCGGCGAUUGGAAGAGGAAGAAAUAGGUCGAUGUUGCUUGUUGGAGAAGAGGAAUCGCUGAAAGGGGAGAAGAAAGGGCACCGAUGGAAACUUUUCUCCUCUUCUCAGUCAGCUGAUUUCCAACUUCUUUCUCAAUUAGCUAUAGAUUUCUGAAUCAGACACGCAUAAAGUGUUUAUCAAACACAAAUAGUUGAGCGAGUCAUCCAAAAUGGUCUGAGCCGACUCAGUCAGAC